UUACCCCUGCCCCAUUUACCCCUGCCCCAUUUACCCCUGCCCCAUUUACCCCUGCCCCAUUUACCCCUGCCCCAUUUACCCCUGCCCCAUUUACCCCUGCCCCAUUUACCCCUGCCCCAUUUACCCCUGCCCCAUUUACCCCUGCCCCAUUUACCCCUGCCCCAUUUACCCCUGCCCCAUUUACCCCUGCCCCAUUUACCCCUGCCCCAUUUCCCCCUCCUCCCCCACUCCCACCCUGCCGCCACCAGGUGAUCACGAACCUCACUCGGGCGGGGUGCAAGACAAUGGAGGCCGCAUUCGUGCUGCGGCACGAGGAUGUGCCGCGAGUGAAGGCCAUCACACACGCACUCACUGCCUCCUCCCUUGUCUGCCACCCCUGCCACCCCUCCUCCUGCCCACUUCCCCCCCGCCCGUUGCAACCACCUCCGCCACCCCCCAGGUCAUCACAAACCUCACGCGGGCGGGGUGCAAGACACUGGAGGCCGCGUUCGUGCUGCGGCACGAGGACGUCAUCACAAACCCCUGCCCCAUUUACCCCUGCCCCAUUUACCCCUGCCCCAUUUACCCCUGCCCCAUUUACCCAUGCCCCAUUUACCCCUGCCCCAUUUACCCCUGCCCCAUUUACCCCUGCCCCAUUUACCCCUGCCCCAUUUACCCCUGCCCCAUUUCCCCCUCCUCCCCCACUCCCACCCUGCCGCCACCAGGUGAUCACGAACCUCACUCGGGCGGGGUGCAAGACAAUGGAGGCCGCAUUCGUGCUGCGGCACGAGGAUGUGCCGCGAGUGAAGGCCAUCACACACGCACUCACUGCCUCCUCCCUUGUCUGCCACCCCUGCCACCCCUCCUCCUGCCCACUUCCCCCCCGCCCGUUGCAACCACCUCCGCCACCCCCCAGGUCAUCACAAACCUCACGCGGGCGGGGUGCAAGACACUGGAGGCCGCGUUCGUGCUGCGGCAUGAGGACGUGCCGCGAGUGAAGGCCAUCACACACGCGCUCACUGCCUACCUGCAGCAGCACCCAAGGGUGGACAAAAGCAAGGGCCCCGCCAUGGGGUACCUCAAGCAGCUCACCGGGUCGGGGCUGCAGAUUGGCGUGGUUGCUUCCAUUAAAGACCAACACUGCCAUCAUCCGCAGCAGCACCCUCGCGUGGACCGCUCAAAGGGCCCCGUCAUGGGGUACCUGAAGCAGCUCACUGGCUCAGGGCUGCAGAUUGGAGUUGUGGCUUCCAUUAAAGACAUGAGCAAGGGCAAGUUCCUACCGGUGCAGCAGGAGAUACUGGAGAAGAGCGUGGAGAUCAUUCUAGCGGAGGGCGCGCUGCUGGGCGAGAGCGCUCCCUAUGUGCCCUCCGCCUCCGAUGGCGCUGCUGCCUCCACCUAUGCUGCGUAA